UCAACACCACAUACAUACCACUGACGUUGUCACGUAAAUUUCAGUCUCGAAUGCCACGGCGUCGAGGCGCUUCCGAUCCACCAGCACCAGCACCGGCGCCCAUCCCAACCCCCUCGAGAGGAGCGCCAUGGAGCGCGUCAGAAACAAGUGUUGCGUGCCGUUCCUGAGCUCCGAGGGCGACUUCCUCAAAAACAUCGUGCCGCCCGAGUACACGCCCAAGGAGCUCAAGUGCGAGCUGCUGCACGUCUCCCAGCGGCUGCACGCCCACCAGACGUUGGCCAGCACCAGGAGGUUCGCCUGGUUCCGGCCCCAUCGGAAUCUGGUGCCGAAGGACGCCUUGGACUUCGCCCUGACGGCGCGCUACUGUCAAACGGACCGGUUGUGGUCGAACAACAAGGAUAUCUACGUGCAACCGGAGUCGCUGGACGAGGACACGUGGCGGCGAUUGAGGAACACCAGGGACCUGACGCCCGACAGGGAGGAGCAAUCGUUCAAAGGCACCGAACAGAAGCCUAAAAAGAGGAAAAUACCGUACAAGUACAACAAGGCUCACAAGGUGAUGAUCGGCGGGGUGCUGGAGAAAGUUCACCCCAGCUACAUCAAAUUGAUGUGCUCGUCUCAU